CCCAGAAGGCCUCGCUCUUCCUCUUCCUGGAAGCGGCCCCGGUGAGGGUGACCUCGUGCCGAGAUGGUGCGCUACUCGCUGGACCCCGAGAACCCCACCAAGUCAUGCAAGUCCAGGGGCUCGAACCUGCGCGUCCACUUUAAGAACACCCGGGAGACCGCGCAGGCCAUCAAGGGCAUGCACAUCCGCAAGGCCACCAAGUACCUGAAGGACGUCACGCUGAAGAAGCAGUGCGUGCCCUUCCGGCGGUACAACGGCGGCGUGGGCCGCUGCGCGCAGGCCAAGCAGUGGGGCUGGACCCAGGGGCGCUGGCCCAAAAAGAGUGCCGAGUUUCUGUUGCACAUGCUGAAGAACGCAGAGAGCAAUGCUGAACUGAAGGGUCUGGACGUGGACUCCCUGGUCAUUGAGCACAUCCAGGUGAACAAGGCCCCCAAGAUGCGCCGCCGCACCUACAGAGCACAUGGCCGCAUCAACCCCUACAUGAGCUCCCCGUGCCACAUCGAGAUGAUCCUCACUGAGAAGGAGCAGAUCGUCCCCAAGCCCGAGGAGGAGGUGGCGCAGAAGAAAAAGAUUUCCCAGAAGAAAUUGAAGAAACAAAAACUUAUGGCCCGGGAGUAAUUUGCAACAUUAAAUAAAUGCGAUGAAAACA